AUGUCUACAAUCUCUACGAAGUCUACGACGUCUACGAUGUCUCCCCGACUCGCGUUUUCAAUAUCGAUGUUCACUGCAAAAAAGGUCAACGAUGUCUACGAUGUUUCCCGUACUCGCCAGUUUUCAAUUACAAGAGGGACUGCAAAUAAGAAGUGUGUGUGUGUCUACGAUUUCUGCGACAUCUGUGACAUCUACGAAGUCUGCGAUGUCUACGGUGCUAAUAAGAAAGGCGGAAAAACUAUUCGGAAUCUAUUUCAACCCCAAAAGUAG